UAUAGUUUGGGUGGUUGUUGAAUUAUCGGGAAGACCAAAGAAAUGUAGAAUUGAAGACCCUAACCGACGUCGUUAUAAGCAGUAACUGGGGCGGAUCAAGUUUUCCAGAGUAGCUGAGGGGAAAAAACAAAAAGGCGAAAAUGGAGGAAGCGAAAGGAGUGGUAAAGCAUGUAUUGGUAGCUAAGUUCAAAGAAGGGAUUUCCCAAGAUGAAAUUGAGAAACUGAUUAAAGGAUAUGCAAAUCUCGUCAAUCUAAUCGAACCCAUGAAAGCUUUCCACUGGGGUACAGAUGUGAGUAUUGAGAACCUGCACCAAGGUUUCACUCAUGUAUUUGAAUCAACCUUUGAGAGUACAGAAGGUGUUGCGGAGUAUGUAGCUCAUCCUGCUCAUGUUGAAUUUGCCAAUUUGUUCUUGCCUGCUUCGGAGAAAGUUAUUGUGAUUGACUACAAGCCCACCAUUGUUCGCCUCUGAACCGUGAGCCUAAUCAAUAUCAAUCAACUUUCAUUUAGCUACUUUUAUUUUCAGAUGGAAGUUUGUGAAGUAUUGCAUCACUGUCUAUCUUAUGAAACUGCUUGUCAAAGAACUCCCUGCAGUUCUCUUACAUGUUCAUGGUUCUUUCUGUGAAUUGGAUUGUAGGAAAAUAAUAUGCAAUUUUUUUUCUCUUUUA